UCUAAUUACUUGUGUUGUCAAGAUGGGCGUCCCAACUUCUGCCAAGUGGAACACCACAGGCCGUGCCUCAUCGAUGAGCACUGUAUCCUUGACAGUCCACUGAAGACACAUUUGUAUCCUGGCAACUGCCAGUUUAUCCUCAGCGGGGGGCUCUACAGGUCAGGCAUUCGGUGGAUGGAUGGUCAUUAGACAAGAGCUUAGAAGACGUUGUUUGAUGUUUGUCAGUAUGCGCAAUCUUUUUAUUUUUUUGGUGUUCCAGUGCAUACAUGAGGCAUGGUUUCAGUCCUGUUUGUCCACAGGAACGGACUAUGUUUGCAAAGCAUUACCAAAAGAUUAUCCUGCUGGCUUGACCUCUGUGAUUAUCUUUGUGGGUGGUUUAGGAGAAAUCAGCUUGUCUAUGUUUAACAGCACCAAUUUGGCCUCUGUGAACAGUUUGACUAUGGCAGACCAAGAUAUCACAGCAAUAGGACCGCAGACCUUUGACGAGUUUCAAAACCUCAAAACUCUCAAUUUGGAUAACAAUCAUCUCUCCGAAGUCUCAUCAGACUGGUUCAGCCAUCAGGUUACACUUGAGAUACUCAGACUGACAAAAAAUAAAAUCACUACACUGGAUCAUAAUUCUUUUGAUGGAAUGUCAAACCUGCUCAACCUAAACUUAUCUCAGAACCAGAUUCACACUAUAACCCCGAAUAGCUUUCUCGGUCUUGGUAAACUGAGGGAGUUAGACCUGUCCAACAACGCACUGACACAUUUGAGUACGGAUGUGUUUCUUCCACUUAAUGGCACAAAGAUCCGUUUGGAUGGAAAUCCCUGGGAUUGCUCCUGCUCUGUUUAUGACUUUGCCAAAUACCUGAGAGGUCUGCAGAAUGCCUCUCUUCUGGAGAAUGAACUGCAGGUGUGCUGUAAUAGCCCUCCUCAUUUGAAAGCUAUGCCAGUAUGGCAGGUACCAGAGUGUGACACCUUCACAACCAUGACCCCGACCACUGUGAGCCUGACCACUGGAAGUCCUGGCACCAAGAACACAGCCACUGCAUUAAUAAGCAAACCUCUUACAAUUGGACACUCAACUUUAAUCAUUUUAAUUGUGGUACUGUGUGCCCUGGUACUUGUCAUCUGUGUCCUUUCAGCGUUGUACCACAGGAAACGAGAGAGGAAACAUCUACAUGCUGUAAAACCUGCUUCAGAGAAAUCAGAAAUGAUCCGAACCAGUGAAGCAACUGCAAAGAGCAAUGGACAAGAAAACAGGAAAGUGAAAUCUGAAAUGGCUACUAAAACACAAAUUGCCACAACAGAGGUGUUAUUGAGGACAAACCAGAUGGUGGCUAGAGAUGAGAAGAUAUCACAGAUUUAUCAUAUUUAUUCAUCAGGGCAAUACGACACCAGAGAAGCCAUUAAACGAGUGAGAUCUGCCGGGGCGGUGCUGUGCAGGAUGGAGAUGUUUUCUAAACCGACAGAAGCAGAAGCGCCCACUGAUGAAGUCGGGGUAAGGAAUGAUGAGUACUACAAUGGAUGGAUGACCUCAGAAAAACAAAAGGACGAUAUGUGUGUUAAUAUUGAGGAGGUGGAGAAGUUGGAGGAUGGAGAAGACGUUGCAGAUGAGGAGAAUGAUGGAUUCACUGAUGAGGUCAGUAACACCACAGACAAUCUAGAGUCACACGAUGAUCUUAGAGAGAAAAAUGAGAAGUCACACGAGGACCUUAGAGAGAAAAAUGAAGAUGCUGAUGAGAGUGCAAAUGUAGACAAAGAUGUUCUUCAGCAUAGUGUGGAGAACCAUGUGUUGGAUCACCUUCCUGGAGCAGGAAGCAGUCAAGAUGUUCUCCAUGUAAAACAGUCUGAGGAGACUGCUGAGAACCUGCCUUAUCUCACAAUUGGUGCUGAUCCAGAAAACCAGACCUCUGGAGUUGAUCAGUGUACUGCUAAAAGAACAUCUGAUGGACCGUUAAGACCUAUCCGGCGGGUACUGACUUGGCCUCCGACUGCGGUCCAGUGGAAGAAGCAGUGGGCUCAAAAUCAACAAGUCCUCAAUGUGUUCCCUCAGCUAAUAUUUGUAACCGGUUGCAGGCAUGAAAUCAGACCACUUCAUCCAGGUAUUUCUCCUGUAAUCUUCCCAACCGCCUCACAGUUCAAUGCACUAGAGUUUCUGCCGGAAAUCUUGUCCCCAAUGGAAGAUGUCCGAGUUGCUAUUGAUGAGGACACUUACAGGGCAAGUCUUGAGUCAUCUAAUCAAAGAGUCCUGCAUUUCAGUGCAAAAGAAUGCUUCACUAAUACUGAUUUAUCACCAAGGGAGGAUGGAAGAAUUAUUACAAAUGAGGAAACAUGGAGGUCAGGUCUCGAGUCGACCAUCUUUUCCGACUUGUCCUCCAAGAACUCGCCUAUUGAUGAAAAUGAGGCCUGCUCUGAAUUGUUCAGCAGUUUCAGUUUUAAUCCAACUUUUGGUGGCAGCAAGUCAAAGCCUGCUUUUGGAGAGGAGAUAAGCAAGAAAGAUAAUGUUGAGAAAACACAGAGCGUGAAAACAAAGACACACAGAGUUCACCAAAGUGAGCAGGUUGCAUCAGAAUUGCAGAAGCAGUCCAGGGGAGCAGGGAAAGCUGCACGGAGAUCUCACAGAGACCGACGGCAAGGGCAAGGGCAAGGGCAAGGUCAGAUGUGUGAUGGUUCUGACCCAAGAGCGCCCCCUGUGGGAGGUUCUCCAAAAGAUGACAGCCUGUUGCUGGGAAAUGAGUACACCUUUAUUGAUCUGCUACACGAGGUAGUGGAAAAUCACGGGCGCUGGACAAGAGACAGGUGGAGACAAACACAAAAAAACAAACACAAACUCAAACAGAGUCGUUAGGUACUGGACGUUUGUUUCUAAACACACUACCAGUCAAAAGAUUUUUUUUUUUUUCUUUUUUUAAAGAAUGCUCAUCUGCUCACCAAGCCUGCAUUUAUUUGAUCCAAAGUACAGUGCAAACAGUAAAAUUUUGAAAUACUAUUUAAAAUAGCUCUUCUCUAUUUGAAUAUCUUUUAAAAUGCAAUUUGUUCCUGUAAUCAAAGCUAAAUUUUUAGCAUCAUUACAUGUCUUCAGUGUCACAUGAUCCUUCAGAAAUCAUUAUAAUAUGCUCAUUUGCUGUUAUUAUUAUCAAUAUUUAAAACAGUUGAGUACAUUUUUUCAGGAUUCUUUGAUAAAUAGAAAAAUCCAAAUAUCAGCAUUUAAAAAUAAAUGAAAUAAAAAGCUUGGUGAGCAGAAGAGACUUCUU